AUGGUUCGCACGGAUGCUAAGAGAAACAAUGUUUAUGCCGAACAUGCCAUGAACGUCUGUGGUCCAUCCAAGCUUUGUCUGAUCUUAAUCGGCUCUCAGGGACAACAUCGAAAGAGCGAGACCAGUCUUAAAAGAGAUGACAAUAGAGUCGAUUGCCUUUUGGUCGGCAUUGUUCUGAUCGCCAAGACCAUGAGACAUCUGAUUUCAUUCCACGAGCAGACCCUCGAUGAGCCUCAUCUACCCGCUGCCGCAGCUGUCGCCCUCGGACUGGGGGAUUUACGAGUUGCCCGAGAGGCGAUUCCUCUUCGGGGUAGAAGUUGCGCGGAAGAGAAGGGUUGGAAUGUAGCCGCACCUUUUGACUUUGACAGAAGAUGUAGAGAAUGUACUACGUAUGCAAACCCCAAGCAGAUUUUCCUUCUGGACGUUUCUUCCUUCUCGGCGGAAGCGCACUUAAGGUAUAUGCCGUCAGAUGAGGCAUGGAAAAAGUAUGAGUCUGGGGAGACCGAAGAAAAAGAGAAGGUUUCAUGGGAUGUCACUGUUUCGAGCCACAGGUAUCUCAGGUACUUCCGUCACCGGAGGAUUGCGUGGAACCGCGGAGCCGUCGUGUGGGUUAGCCUCCGAUCCCCAUCACGGACCGAAGUGGAGGGUUUGGACUACGGACAGAGUCCGGGCGAAAAGUCAUGGUAG